AUGCUGCAGCUCGUGCUCCUCGCCGCGCUCGCCCUGUGCGGGCGCUGCUCCGAGCUGGAUCUCGAUGGGAUGCAGCGGGUGGUCGGCGGGACCGAGGCGCGCUCGCACGCCUGGCCCUACCAGAUCUCCCUCCAGUAUUACUCCGGGGGCGGCUGGUACCACACCUGCGGAGGCUCCCUCAUCCAGAGGAACUGGGUGAUGACCGCCGCCCACUGCGUGAACAAUAACUUCAACUACCGUGUGGUGGCCGGCGAGCACAACCUCAACACGAACGAUGGCAGCGAGCAGAUCUUCAGCGUCAGCAAGAUCAUCGUCCAUCCCUACUGGAACAGCAACAACGUGGCCGGGGGCUACGACAUCGCCCUGUUCCGCCUGAGCGGCUACGCCACCCUGAACAGCGCCGUGCAGCUGGCGGUGCUGCCCCAGGAGGGCUCCAUCCUGCCCAACAACUACCCCUGCUACAUCACGGGCUGGGGCCUGACCCGCAGCAACGGGCAGCUGUCCAGCGUCCUGCUCCAGGCCUACCUGCCCGUCGUGGACUACCAGACCUGCUCCAGCGCGUCUUACUGGGGCUCCACCGUCAAGAACACCAUGGUGUGCGCCGGCGGCGACGGCGUGCGCUCCGGCUGCCAGGGCGAUUCCGGCGGUCCCCUGCACUGCGCCGUCAAUGGGCAGUACCAGGUGCACGGCGUCACCAGCUUCGUGUCCAGCCAGGGCUGCAACGUCGUCCGCAAACCCACCGUGUUCACCCGCGUGUCCGCCUACAUCUCCUGGAUCAACAGCGUAAGGCGGCCGGGCCGGGCUCAGCCCCGGCGCUCUCGGGCACCGCUGCGCCGGCCCCGGCCCCGCGCGGCUCAGCCCGGCCCUUCCUCCCUUCCAGGUGAUCGCCCAGAACUGAGCGCAGCGGGACAAGCGCUCGCUGCCCCUCGCCCACGGACAUCCCCUGACCCUCCCCCGCCGCGCUCCGGGCUUCUCGCCCCCGAGCCGGCCGCAAUAAAAUCUCUCCUCCCGUCUCUGUGCCUCCGUGCUGCCUUGGCCCGCGUCCGCCGAUCCUUCCUCCUCCGGCCCGACAUCCUCCUCUCCUCACAGCUCCGGCACCAGACCUUCCCCGCCGCCUCCUCCUCCUCCUCCUCCUCCUCCUCCUCCUCCUCCGUCCCGGCGAGCAGGAGCUGGCUCCGAGCUGUCGGGGCAGCCCGAACCUCCGCUGGGGGGUUGUGGCACAGGCGCAGGAUGCAGCUGAGGGACGAGGAGGUGGCAGUCCCGGAGUGUGACACCUCUCAUGGCCAGGGAGCAUCCCACGGAGGUUCGGGCUGCCCCGACAGCUCGGAGCCAGCUCCUGCUCGCCGGGACGGAGGAGGAGGAGGAGGAGGAGGAGGAGGAGGAGGAGGCGGCGGGGAAGGUCUGGUGCCGGAGCUGUGA